AUGUCUACAACAGAUGAAUACACGCACAAUGUUGUUGUCCAAGAAGAGUUGGAUCGAAUGAAAGCAGUAGCAUCUGAAUAUCGUGUAGGUGCUACUUGUGAAUUUCGUACAAUCAUCAGCAACGCAUGCAGAGACACUUAUUUUGGACGUCGAUCUGUAUCUAACUUUAUUGAAGUUGCAUCUAAGGCUAUACAGCAAGAAGAAGACUAUUUCAAACAGUUUGAAAUACCCGUCAAAGACCUCUACUUUAACUCCAUCAAGACAUGGGAGUCACAAUGGGAAGUAUUACGCGAACAUCAAAACAAAUCAACUGAAAAGGCCGCUAAAUACAAGAAAUUGACAGACAAUCUGACUGGCAUGGUCAAUCAACUAUUGGAAUCAAACACUAUUACAGUAGGCGAUUGUAAAGUCAAUUUGACAGUUCAGUUAUUGUUUGAUUGUGGUAUAAUCAAUAAUGUCAAGAUCUUUGAGCGUCGCCUUGUACGUUUAAAUACAGCCAUGCUCUAUAAACAAGACAAGUAUAAUCUUGUCAGAGAAGUGGGUGAAGGCUAUGCCAGUCUUUUCAACGAACUCACAAAUGCCAGUAUUGACAAUGAACGAGACAGUAAAGGCAAACUUGAAUCUACACCCAUGGAACGUAUUCCUCAGUUUCUCAAGACAAUCACUUCUCAUAUGGGUGUAUUUCAUCUGGAUCCUAAUCGUGUGCUCGACAUCAUUUUGGACUUGUUUAUUCGUCAAUUGCGUGUCAAUCACAAGUUUUGGAUUGCACUCAUCAAAGAAUCAGAAUGGGUCAAAAGUCUAGUCCAUACUGACCUGAACGGUGAAGUCGUGAAUAAUCCCAGUCCCAUCAUGGCUCAAUUGUUUGGCUUCAGAUUCCAUAGCUAUCAUAAUGAAGAUGUUGAACCCACACCAAAGGACAUCUACUUUGCUAUUGCUAUCUUGUUAAAGAACGAGCUUAUUCUGUUGGGUGAUAUUCUGCCUUAUCUUUACCCUUAUGAUGAGGGUUUAUCAGAUGAAAAAAAGGAAUACAUGGAAAAGAUGAAUAAGGAAAUCACUACAAAUUCAGGUGGUCAAUUAGCUAUGUAUGGUGCUUUAGGUGAAACAGAAGGCUCUACUGUCAGAGUCAAGAAAGCAAAACAAGAAGACGAAACACUAGCAGAAGAGGAAGUAAUAACAAAAAAGAAAUACGAACAAAAUGAUGUGGUUGAACUUGUCCGUGCUUUAUUGUCCAUUGGGGAUUUGAAGCAUGCUCAAAUGAUCUUGGCAGAAUAUGAAAAGCUUGUUGAUCUGUAUCCAGAACUCGCUUAUGAUAUCUACCGUUUGUGCUCUAUUGUACUUGAGCCUGCUUAUGAUACCUUUGUGCCUGAAGAAACCAAACAACUCUAUGCUCACUUCAAUGCAUGUGCUGACCAGUCACAGAUCAAGACUGCCUUAUCUACGCAAGAUGAUCCUAACCCCAAGAUUCCUGACCAAAUCAAGCUGAAGCGUGUACUGGUAUUUGAUGCCUUAUUGGACGAUGCAAAGGACAUUGUCAAGCGAGAACGCUAUGUAUUCUUCUACAAGAAUACCAAGGAUAACUUGGACCUCUGUACCACAUCUGAACAUUUGAUGCAGCGCUUCCUUCCUUUGGCUCGUUUGGCUGGCUACAAGACGUAUUUGGGUACAGACCUAGUUCAGAAAGUGAUUUUGAUCAUUGGUGGUCUAGUGGAACGUGAAGCUGAAUUUCCCGGUAGCAGAGUUCAUUGUAUUAACAUCUUGCGUGAAUUCUUGUUGCCUUCGAUUGCUUUUAGUCAAGGCAAUCCUGGCACCAUGGCCAGUGUCUGGGAAAUCCUUUGUCGAUUUACUUUCCAAGAACGAUAUGCACUUUACGGUGAAUGGCAUGCUGAUUUCUACAAAAAGACGAUUGAGACCAAAUUACUCAAGGUGCGUACCGAACGUUCUAUUCGAGAAGUGAUGCGUUGUGUCAACAAGAACAAUGUGCGUCCGAGUGGCCGAGACUUGGGCAAACUGGCCCACUCAAAUCCUACUUUAGUCUUUCAUCAUAUGUUGGACCAAGUACAACAGUUUGAGAAUUUAGCGCCCUUGAUGGCUGAAGCAUGCCGUUACUAUGGUGACUUUGCAUACGAUGUUCUUGGCUUUGUCUUGACCGAAAAAUGGACUGGAUCUCAAGGACCUGGAAGAACACUCAAGUCCAAAGAAAAAGAUGAUGGUUUUGCUCAUCUAUGGUUCCGUUCACUUGCUAUCUUUACAGGCAUGUUGUUCAAGAAACAGGAUAUGGAAGCGACACCUUUACUCAGAUACUUGGCGUGUCGUUUGCGUUAUGACGAUGCUGUGCCUGAUUUGCAUCUUUUGAACGAAUUUGUCACCAAGAUGGGUGGCGUUGAAAUUUUGGCUAGUGCUUUGACAGAUGAUCAAAUUGCUGCUGCAAGCUGUUCAGAAACAAUUAAGAGUGAAGCCUUUUUACCUGUAUCUCCAGACAACCGUCGUGCUUCUCGCCGUGUGUUGAGCAGAUUGAAGGAAUCUUUACGGAAGAACAAUAUUGGCUUUGAAAUCCUUGUGUUGUUGUAUCGACUGGAUGAAGUAUGUUCUUCUGAAGCUGGUGUGCCUGCUGCUGUACGAUGCCAUAAGUUGGAUCAUGUGCAUCAAAGUCAAAUUCAAUACUUUGAGCUUAUUACGUCUUUGUUUGAAGGUGAAGAGUACGAUGCACUUGUGCCAGAUGCAACUGUGCUUGUGAAUGAUUAUCGUUUGCCUCUUGACAUCACCAUGAACUUUACUCGACCCAGGACACAAUUCGCCAUUAAGAACAAUAUCAAUGAACCUAUUGUAGAAGGUGAAAUCUGGGCCCCAUUCAAAGCUCUUAGCGAGAGUGUCUCUGGUUGUUUACCUGAUCCUCCUCUCAACACUAUCUUUUCUUCUGAAUUCUUUGUGAUCUUUUGGCAAUUGACACUGUAUGAUAUCUAUUGUCCUGAAGAACCUUAUGAAGCAGCCAUCAAGCGUGAAGCCGAAGUCAUUCGUAAAUGUCAAGAUACACGUAGUCAAUUUUACUUGAACAAUCGUCCUUCUGUGGUUUUAAAAGCACAACGUCAAGCACAGUCCCGUUUGGAUCAAUUAAAAGAAGAUCUGACGAAACACAAGGCUCAUGUAGAAAAAAUCAUGGCUGUCUUGAAAGAAUCAAAGAACCGUUGGUUCCCCAGCUUAAAUCAACGUCAAGCGCAGAUUUCAAGUGUUAUGCAAUACUGUUUGUUGCCUCGUAGUCGACAAUCUGAAGUAGAUGCUGCAUUUUGUUAUGAAUUCAGCAUGUUGAUGCAUCGUAUCAACACACCCAACUUUUCAAGCUUAACCUUGUUUGACAAGAUGCUUUCGGACAACUUGCCAGCAAGCUUUUUGGCCUUUUCAGAAUAUGAAACAACCGUUUACUCUCGAUUUAUUUUCAAGGCACUUUCAAAAAUGCAGAAAUGGCAUGCAGAUGAAAAACUGUUUGUCAAAGAAGCACACGGUGAUAACUUGAUUGGCUUUCAAAAGAACUGGAAUUCCACACCUACACCUAUUGCCAAAGAAGAUUUGUUAAGCUUUACAGAUUUCCAGCGUGUUUUGCAUAAAUGGCAUUUCAAGUCCGACUUGGUGAUUGAACAAGCACUUAAAUCAGGUGAAGUUGUAGUCAUGAAGAACGCAUUUAUGGUAUUGCGUCAAUUUGCUCCUUGUUUUCCUGCUGUAGCAGAUCAUGGCAACAGUAUUUUACAGAUUGUUAAAAAGUUGACAGAAAAAGAUGAACGUGGUAACAUUAAGGUGUUGGCAAGAAGUUACAUGGGCUUAAUUGCUAAAUACAAGACUAAAUGGAUAACAAAAGAAGCCUUUUUGGGUAUCAAGCAACCUUCUCCUCCUGUUGAAAUCAAGAUAGCUCCUCCUAGUAACAGCAGUGGCACUAAAGAUGUGCCUUCUUCAUCCACCAACAAAGACAAGGAGAAACCAUCUUCAACAUCUGAUAAUGACAACAGCAGUAGCAGAAGACGAGAUGAUAAUCCUGAAACAAAAUCUUUACAACCUGCUAAUCUAAAUAGUAGCAGUAGUAGACGUAAUGAAGACACGACUCGCUCAAAAAGCACACAAAGACAACCUUCACCACCAAAAUCACCACCUUCAGACAGAAAACGUGCACGCGAUCCAGAACCCCCUAUAAACCGAACCGAAAAGGCAUUGCGUAUGGAAGAAUCUAGUAGCCGCCACCAUCGUUCAAGUUCAAGAAGAGAGUCACCUCGUGAGAGCACAAGCAGUAGUCGAAUCAGUACCCCAGUUCGUAAUGAAUUGCCACCUCGAAGUAGUCGAGAUCCUACUCGACCUAGUCGUGAAGCUAUAUCACCUACUUCUCGUAGCAAUGAUGAUCGAUCCAGUCGUUCAGUAAGAAAUAACGAGAGCAGCACUCGAGUUGUAUCUUCUUCUUCUGCAGCCGCUGCUACGACUGCACCUAGUGCAAAACGUCCCAUUGAUUCAGACAGCAGAGAUCGUGUUCGUGAAGAAAGACCUGAGAAACGACGAGAUUUGCGUGAUGAGAAUCGUAAUGUAAGAGACCCUGCACCUGUUAUCACAACUUCAAGGUCACGAAUUGAUGAUGGAAGAAGAGAUGAUAGAAUUCGAGACAGUAGACGUGCUGAUGACAGAAGAGCAGAUGAUAGAAGAGUAGAUGAUCGACGAGUAGACGAUAGAAGAAGAGACAGAGAUAGAGAUCAUCGCCAUAGAAGAAGAUAA